GUUUGACUGCGCAGCGCUGGGCGCCUCGACCAUGUUCUACGUGCCUCUCGGGCGCGAGCUGUGCCUGUGGCUCGGAGGCGUGGACGCCUCGCGGUCCACGGCCGACAAGGUGCUGAACGACGGCACCAGCAUCGUCGUGUACCCGGGCGGCGUGCCCGAGAUCUUCAAGACGGACCCCAACUCCAAGGUGAACGAGCUCGUGCUCAAGAAGCGCCUGGGCUUCGUCAAGCUGGCCAUGCGCCACGGCGCCGAGCUCGUGCCGAGCUUCGUGUUCGGCGAAAAGUGGCUCUACAACAUGUGGAACCCGCCCCAGGGCGUGAUCGACUUCUUCCGCAAGACGCUCAAGAUCCCCAUGAUCAUCUUCUGGGGCAAGUUCAUGUGGAUGCCCAAGCAGCCGCCCAAGGGCAAGCGCUUCGGAGUCGUCUACGGCAAGCCCAUCCCCACCAAGCUCACGGCCAACCCCACGGAGGACGAGAUCCGCGCCGUGCACGCGCAGUACGUGGCCGAGAUCGAGCGCCUGUUCUCGCAGUACAAGAAGGACUUUGGCUACGACGACGAUGAGACGCUGCUCAUCAACUAACUACCGGUAGGCAUCUACAGUAGGCGCUUUGACAGUAUAGUUGCGUUCUCUUCUACAAGCAAACAGUGACCGAGCUAUCCUAGAGCGAGUCGACGAUGCUGUCGGCGUCGAACAUCCGCAGCAGGUUGGCGUAGUUGGAGUCGUACUUGGGGCCCUCCCAGUAGAUCUUGCGGCACACGCGGCAGACCCAAAACUCGGUCACAACUUCCAGC